UUAGCGGCAUUCGGCUUUCAAAAUAUCAACAACCAGUGUGCCAAUGUUAAGGUGAAACUGAUCAGUGUGCACGCGUAUACGUUUAAUGAUAUUUUUUUUUAAAAUGACUGCCCCAUAUUCAAACAUGAAACCUAAACAACAGAUUAAGCAGAUUGAGCCCUCCUUCAAACCGUGUCCCUGUAUGCCACUUAGGAUUGCCUGUUUCAUCAUGGGAUACAUGACUUUGUUUUAUACGUCACUGAUAAGUAUUUGCCUCCUGGGGUUCCUAGUAUGGCUUAUCACGGAAGUGGGCGUCUUUGAUUUAAAGUCUGGCGAAUUUCUGCUCGGGGACUUCUUAAUAGGCCACAUGAUAUCCAUCACAAUCUUCGUAAUGCUCCUUAAUAUUUUCGCAUUGGUUCUGACCAUUGUCUGCUUGGUCGGUAUUCACCAGAGGCGACCGCGGCUGAUGAUGUGGCACAUCUCGUUCACGGCGACGCGAAUGUUGAUCACAGUAGCGACGUUGGGGUACAACCUACUAGCUGGGCUCAACUUCGGCCUGCUGGUAGGGCAACUGACAGAUAUUGGUAUUACCACUUACUACAUUUACGUUUUCAAGAGCUACAUGGAUCAAUUGCACAAAGAAAUAAAAGAAGCACCUGAAAAAUGCGACAACAAAAACGAAUUAAUAAAAGUUCCAAUUGUCUAA